ACACGGCAGUUACGGCGUAGUCUUGUUAUAUCCGUAGUUACUGACGUAUGUAAAACGGUAAAGAUAAUUUCAAAAUGUCGAAAAUCUUCACACCAACAAAUCAAAUAAGAUUAACUAACGUUGCCGUGGUUCGCAUGAAAAAAGCAGGAAAACGAUUUGAGAUUGCUUGUUAUAGAAAUAAAGUUAUAUCAUGGAGAAAUAAAUUAGAGAAAGAUAUCGAUGAAGUUCUACAAACACACACUGUAUUUAUAAACGUUUCAAAAGGUCAAGUUGCAAAAAAAGAAGACCUAUUAAAAGCUUUUUCUACUGAUAAUCAGACAGAAAUUUGUAAAGAGAUCCUUAGUAAGGGAGAACUUCAAGUUUCAGACAAAGAGAGGCAUUCGGCGUUAGAUUCUAUGUUUAAAGACAUUGCAACAACUGUUGCUGAUAAAUGUGUUAAUCCUGAAACUAAACGCCCAUACACUGUAACAAUGAUAGAAAAAGCUUUAAAAGAUAUUCAUUUUUCUGUAAAACCAAAUAGAAACGCUAAACAACAGGCUUUAGAUGUUAUUCCACAGUUAAAAGCUAUAAUUCCAUUAGAACGUGCUCAAAUGAGGCUCAGAGUGGUAAUUUCAGGAAAAGAGGCGAGAAAGUUAAGAGAUAAAAUAGUUAAACUAACUACAAAACCAGAAACAGAAGAAUGGGAAAAUGGAACACUGAAUUUAAUAUGUCUAAUUGAUCCUGGUCAAUAUAGACAAAUAGAUGAACUGGUAACAUCUGAUACAAAAGGCUCUGGAUUGCUAGAAUUACUUAACUUGAAAGAAAUUGUUGAAGGAGAUGAAAUUUUAGAAUAA